CACUCGGCACUCGCCAGUCGCCAGUAACGACUCACGAGAGCUCGUGUCAUCACGUCUCGUGCAAUCAGUGGUUCUCUAUAGCUCGUUUGCGUUGCGACGGCUUUGUUGUGUGAGCUGUGUUUACGGGUAGUGCAAACAUUGCGAAGGAGUGACUUUAUUAGCAAGUAAGCGUAGUGAACUAAGGAGCCCGGGCUGGCGAGUGGGCGCAGCCUCCCGGGAGCAACGACCGCGGGUUCGGGGCGCAGCGGCGGGGCAGGAGGCGGCAUGGAGUGUGGCGUUGCGGGGGCCUUUCCGGCCCGGACCCCACAUGGGGCUCAUCCAGCACCCCGAGGACACGCCCCUCAUGGGGCGCUCUCACCCACCGAACGCUCGCCCGCCAAGGCGGGACUACAUGUUAAUUUCAGUGAUAAAGGCGAGGUGAAGGAGCGUCGCGAGAAGUUUCUUACGGCGAAAUAUGGCAGCCACCAGAUGGCUCUGAUCCGCAAACGACUCGCCGUCGAAAUGUGGCUCUACGACGAGCUGCAGAAACUGUAUGAGGCACCUGCGCCGAGUGACAGCGGCGCGGCGUCUCAAGAAGUCGACGUAGAUAUUGAUGAGUUACUGGAUAUGGACAGCGACGAACAACGUUGGAGACAUCUCACGGUGCUGUUGGCUGAUGCGAAAAAACCUCAGAAAGAUGUACAUAGAUUUAUAAACGAUCUUUUAGAAAAAGCAAAGACGUUGUAAAUAUCGAGAAACCCGGUACUGCCAGGCGACCCACAGCUGUAUACCAACUUGGAUAGCAAUGGAGCUAUCUGUACUAGGCUUUAUAGCUGGACUGAUUUAUCGUUACUUUGAAUUCUCAUUGAUUGUAUGGUGCAUUUCGAGAUACGUUUAAUCGGACUUGCGUUAAAGCCUUGAGGUUCACAUACUACUUUGGACCGUCGGGGUCGCUGUAAAUAUAAGUAAGCUCAAUAUAUUCCAUGCCACGUGUUGUGCAGUGCUUCCAGAUUCAGACAUUUUAAAAAUAUUUUAACAGUCCUAUAAUAUAAAACCAAAAGCCAAACGAAUUAAGUUUGAGUAAGUAUGAGAAUUUAAUAAAAUGUAUUCUAACAGAACAUUUUUUGGUCUGGAAGUACUGUGUGGGAGCAUACCUACUGCCUUUAUGGCGCGGUAGUGUGAGAAAACGAAAUUCCUGCUCACACGGGCGCAUUACUCGAUUCUUAGCUAAAUUUAGUUGUACUCAUUAGUAUUAAAUAUUGAGAAUGUUAUAUUAAAACAGUUCCGACUGCCGUUUUCACAUAAUUUACAUCAAGUUUAUGCGCACUUCAAAACGAAAAUACAAUGUAAAACAUAUCAGCAAAAUCAGAGUCAAAGUUACUCUAUAAAAGAUAUUGGAAAUGUUUUAAUCACUCUUAAUUUUAUAUAUGUAUAUUAAAGUUAUUAUUUAAUAUUUAAAUAAUAUUUUAUGGACGAGAUGGAGAGCAAGCACUAUAAUAAUAAAAAUCGGUCAACUGACUAAUUUAUUCAAUUAAAUCGGUAGAUUUUUUUCCCGUUCUAACUGUAUUAAAAUGUUUUUAAUACUUAAUACCGUUUUUCUGUAUUCAGCAUAUAUGUACGUUUGGUCAUAGUCACACGGUUUGAUUAACCAUCUACCUAAUAUAAUUAACCGUACAUUUUGUAAGCUUAUUUUAUUAAUGAUCAAUAUAAUAUAAAUGUAGACAAGUAGUUUUUCAUAUGCCUGAUGGUAGAUACUUUGGACAUCACGUUCCUAACAUUAUGUUUAAAUUGCAUGCCUCUAGAUGGCGCUUGACUAACAACCAAUAAUUGCCCUUGAAGCUUGAACUUUAAAUGGUGCGUUUUAAACAGCUCAAUCCAGUGUUUAUGUCGUUGCUUGUUCGCAUAUUAUAUAAGCUAUUUAUUUUGCAAGCGCUGAGCGUUAAAGUAUGUAAUUUAUUGCUUUAAUCAAGUAAAUUGAAAUUGGUAAUUGCAAAAAUAAAUGUCACAAAUGAAUGUGCUUAAUUUGAAUUAGUGGACUUUAGAUUUACUUAAACUAUUAUUGUGGCCACGGUUCAAGUGUAGCGUAGUCUGGUGGUGAAGUAGGAAAGAGCUCAAGCAGAUGGACGGCAGAUAAAAAUACUGCAUAAAUUGGUAACAGCUUAAGUAAUAGCAACAUACUUACUGUCAGUACUAACUACAGUAACUUUUUUGGAAACAAUUUAUAAGCUGGUGAUAAACUUCUAAAUCCUGCGUUCUAUAAGUUUUUUAAGCAGUCCAUGUGAUUCGAGCCCUUAGGUAGUAGGAAUAUUAAUAAUUUUAGGUAGUAAUAAGUGUCAAGUGAUGAUACAUUUUGUAAUAAAUCAGUCGAUACAAAUUA